ACACAAUAUGUGCUGUUAAAUGUUUCAUGUAAAUGAGGACAAGUUAAACAAUGAUGACUUGGUAACCCGUAGUUUAUUCUGGUGGUGUUAUGUGAUAGAUAUUCUCUUAUUUUCUUAUGCUUAACUUUGCCAGUGUUUACAAAAGACCAGUUCAUACAUAUGGCUUGAUUUCUUUUCAUAUUAUUUGUCUCACAGUUUAAUGUGUGAGCUUGAUUUCACUGAAAUCGCUGAGUUUGAGUUGAUGUGCAGGUGAUUUUUAUCUAUUGGGUUGGGUCCAGAGUUCAGCACUUAUAAUGGGACUGGUAUGAGGUCUGUUUGUGGUAGUUGCCUCUAUGUGAUUAUUCAGAACCCCCUUUCACCACACCACAGCCGAACUGGUACAGCCAAGUCCCUUAACCCUUAGAUAAUUCCCAGGGGGUGGGGACUGCUCUGGGAAGGAGGUAAGAGAAGUCAGUUGCUAGACCCAUUUUGCACACUUAACUCUAGAUCCAGCUCACAAUAUUUCAUCUACACAGAAGCAAGUUGCCUUUUGAUGCUGCAGUUAUCGAGUGAUGAACAUGCAUAUGUGAACCACUUUGCAGCACAGGAAAUAGGGGCAGCUCAGCUAGUCGAAAUCUUAGUACAUGCCAAGAACAUAAAAAAAGAGAAAAUAAGAGGAGAAGGGGAAGCUCACAGGACCACAGAGGUCACCCUUGGGAAGAAAUUCAGGGAAACAAAACCCCAUGAAGAAUAGGGACACAAUGGAAAGGCUGCAUGGGCUCCACAUAUAUGGUUCUAAAUCAGUGAGGUAACAGGAAGACCCCAGAAAGGAAUUGGCUCCAUCUUGUCAAAACUCGCUAUAUUUUCAACCUAUUGUCUUAAAACUGGCAUUGUUUUGAUAUCCUGUCUAUCUCUUACAGUUUAGUUCUCUUUCCCCCCCUCCCCCUCCCCCUUGACAGGCGUUAUUCAGCCAAAGGGUCUGUAGGUACAAAUAUAUAUUUUGCUGAAUUUCCACUGUAAAAUGUGAAUGUGGCAUACUACCAAGGAAGCAAUAACAUUAACACCUUGGCAAGAUAAAUCACAGAGGUUUCUUAUGAACCAGCAUUCUCUACAGUUCUUGACCUCUGCUUCUACUAUCCUCCUUCCCCCCUACAUAUAUAUUAAUUUAUAAAGGAAAUUCUUGUCUGUUUGUUUAAAAAAAACUCCAGUAAAAGCAGCAUUUGCCAUUAUAACCACUCUAAUAUAGGAUCUCAAUUAUUUCUUUUCCCAGUCACUUAAUAGUUGAGUUGUUGUGGGAUUUCACAUCCCAGACCUUGAGUGGCAUAAUUCUUCAAAGUAGUCUGCUGCUUUCGACUCAUUGUGGAAAGGCUUCUCCCAGUGCUUGCCUCUUGCAGGGGAUCAUCACAACUACACAGCAACAAAUGGGAAACUUUAGUUUUAUUACUAGUAAUAGUACUGAGUGUCAGGCUUAUUACAAAAAUAAACUGUUUAUGAAUGUGAAUAGCUGGUUUUAAGACUUGAAACAUUUAGUUCAUGUCUGUUAUUUGCUGAACAGAAGUUUCACAACGCCUCAGCAACAAAUAGAGGAAAUAGGUAUUACAACUUUUUUUUUUUUUUUUUACUUCAAGGGGCUUUUGAAAACUGUUUUCGUUUGUUCCAUGGCCAGGAUUAUCAUUAGAGGAUGCUAUUGUUCCAUGAUACAGUUCAGCUUGUUCUGAUUCUAUUUUCUUUGUUCUCUUAUUUGGUAAGAGAACAAGCACAAGUUGUCUUGAAGUAUCUCAUUUUCCUUUCUCUUCUCACCCCACCCCCACCCUUCAGGCACUUAAAAGCAUAAUCACAUAUUAAUCAUUAAGAAAGAAGGUGAAGCUUAAAAUAACAUGCAGUUUGCUUGAGAUACAAUUGCACUAUGGGACAUUAGAAAUCUUUCUUUUUAGUAUACCUUGUAUACUGUGCACUGUGCUUCAUUGCUGCUUUCCCUUUCAAAGGUGAAAAAGGAGUAAAAGUUGUAAGAAAAUGCUUGGAUCAGAACGUGGGGUUGUAGAAGAAUGGCUUUCGGAAUUCAAGGCAUUACCUGAACUGCAAAUAUCCAGUUAUGCAGCAACACUUCACCGGAAGAAAGCAUUGGUUCCAGCUCUUUAUAAGGUCAUUCAAGAUCCAAAUAAUGAGCUUCUGGAGCCUGUCUGCCACCAGCUCUUUGAACUCUAUCGUAGUUCUGAGGUUCGUCUCAAACGGUUUACACUGCAGUUCUUGCCAGAACUAAUCUGGGUUUAUCUGCGUCUUACUGCCAGCAAAGACAGACAGAGUAAUGGUUGCAUUGAAGCCCUGCUUUUGGGGAUUUACAACUUGGAAAUUGCUGACAAAGAUGGGAACAAUAAAGUUUUAUCUUUCACCAUCCCUUCCUUAUCCAAGCCAUCAAUUUACCAUGAGCCAUCUACUAUUGGAUCCAUGGCUUUGACUGAGGGAGCCCUAUGUCAGCACGACCUCAUCAAAGUGGUUUAUAGCGACCUUCACCCUCAAAGAGAAACAUUCACUGCGCAGAACAGGUUUGAGGUGCUGAGUUUUCUUAUGCUGUGUUACAACUCUGCGAUUGUCUAUAUGCCUGCCUCUUCCUAUCAGUCACUUUGCAGGAUGGGUUCCAGACUCUGUGUGAGUGGGUUUCCACGGCAACAUGAGAAAUGCUGGAAGGAAGAUUGUGGCCGAGUGGUACUGGAUCCUGACUUCAUGGUGCAGCUGCUCACUGGUGUCUAUUAUGCUGUUUAUAAUGGACAGUGGGAAGUUGGCCAAGAAGCACUAGAUGACAUAAUUUACAGAGCCCAGCUUGAACUUUUUUCUCAGCCACUGUUGGUUGCAAAUGCUAUGAAGAAUUCAUUGCCCUUUGAUGCUCCUGAUGCAUCGCAAGGAGGACAGAAGGUGUUGAAGGUGGAGGUUACUCCAACUGUCCCGAGGAUUUCUCGGACUGCCAUUACAACAGCUUCAAUUCGCCGACAUCGCUGGAGAAGAGAAGAUGGCUUUGACUUCUCAAGCGAUGCUGACUUGAGCAUUCCCGGAUCUCCGAUCCUACACGGCUCCACAGACCUAGGGAUCAAACGCAAGCAAGAGGGGGACGUGCUGGUGCUCAGGACCCCUGAGCAUGGCUCACCGGAGCCCAACCUGGCAACAGCCACAACAGAGGAUGGUGAGGGUGUCAAUGGAAGAGAAGAAUCUGUGAAUCUUAAUGAUGCUGAUGAAGGAUUUUCAUCUGGGGCGUCCCUGAGCAGCCAGCCAGUUGGAGCCAAACUUUCAACCGCAUCUCAAAGGGGCAGCUUAAGGAAAGGAGUGAGUGGGCGUUCAGCUAAGGAUAAGGAGAUUUCUACACCUACCAAAUCCACGGAGAGUCCUCGGGAAUCUGCCCAUAAGCAGUACCUGAACCAGUCUAUUGACCUCAGUACAGAUGCAAUUGAAAUGAGUCCUACAAAGAAACACCUGAGCCUGCCUGCUGGGCAGGUGGUGCCAAAAGCCAAUAGUGUGAGCCUGAUUCGGACUGCUAGUGCUUCUUCCAGUAAAUCAUUUGACUAUGUGAAUGGCAGUCAAGGGGGUUCAGGAGUUGGUAUUGGCAGUGAGGGUGUUACUAACUUAGCAGCUGGCAACACCAAUCGGUUUUCGACCAUUAGUCUACAGGAGGACCGCUUAGGCCAAGCUGGAAAUGGCAAAGAUGUCAUCUCCCCAGGAGCUCCUCUGACCAAGCAGUCCCGAUCCCCAAGUUUCAAUAUGCAACUCAUAUCCCAGGUUUAACUUCGUUGUCCUUCCUCUACUUUCCCCUUUUACCCAAUUCUUCGUUGAGCAACAACAGCAACCAUCAUCCUAUAGUGUGAAAAUCCUGGCUUUUGUGAUCUUGUUCGAUUCAUUUUAGAUGUCAUACUAUAUUUUGUACUGAAACAGCAAUAAAACCUCAUGUUCCAACCCCCACCCCACCCUUGCCCUCCCUAAAUGUUGUUGUGAAGCAAGUAUAAGAUGUACUUUAUGCCUUUUCCAUGCCUUCCUUUCUCCUUGGGUGAUGUGCAAUCCAUUGUAGGCUGAUCAGUCCCAUUUCAACACUGUGAGUUUUGAGAAGAUCGGAGGAAAUGGUGAAUGUGAUCCCUAUGAAAAUGAAGCUUUGGCUUUUUUUUGAGAAAUAGAAACGGGUUAGCUUUCUCAAUCUACAGUUCUGCAAAGACUACUGGACUGUGACUUUUUGUCUCUUAGAACCAGGAGUGCCUCAGAGAUUCUAAUAGGACUUUGGACCUCUGAGUUAGUGCAAUCAAUUCCAUGGGAGGGAAACGCUGCCAUUGUUCCUGGUGGCUGUCUGAAUGCACUUUGUCAUGAAAAUGAGAGCAGUCCUCCCUCUCUACCAUCCUCUAUUCUUCCUCCCCAAACACUUCACGUUCAGCAAUUGAGACAUGCACGUUUUCAAGUUGUUGCCUCCUCAGAAAGAGUGGUCUGUAGGUAGACAGUGUAGGUUACAAUGCACUUUUAAUGGCGUUGUAGCCAUAUUUCAUGUUACAUGUCUUCCCCGUCCAGGACACAGGGUUGAUUUGCCUAUAUGCCAGGACUUCCUGAAAGAUGAAUUAUGUUCAAAAUAAAGUGAGAAGUAGAAAAGGAGCACACAGGCUUGCCUAGAAAUUGCUAUUCAGCACUGCUCCUUUUAAAAGAAGCUAUUUUUGUAAGUUGAUAUUCUUUGAAAUGAACAAGAAACUGCAGAUGAAGAGAGGCUGCUUGCUGUGGUGUGACUAAAUUUAGUCACAGAAUAGACUCGGAAAUCUGCGCUAAAUACAGAAUGUUCUCCAGAAAGAUAUGCCAGGAACAGAGCCAAUGGCUGCAGGAAACAUGGGUGACUUGAGUCCUCUUAAAACCUUUGCCCAAACAAUGGGGUUUUUGGCAGUCCUAUCUCCCAGAAGGCUAACAAUUCACUGCCUAUAUUUUGAUUAAUCUAUUGCAGUUGUGACUAUUUCAUCUAGCUAAUGUAAGGGGAGAGGUGGAAUCCUCUUCCCUCUUAAUAUUCUGGGAACUCGUACAAUUGAAACUAAUUUUGAAUGCAUGUGACUGGUGUGUGGGCAAUAUUUGGCGUUUAUGCUGUAGAUCACUGCUUUAAAUUGCAUUUCUUAUUCUAAAGAAAAAUAUUCAUCAUGUUUUGGACAGUCUUGUGUAUACAUCAACAGCAAAAUGGUGAUUUUUGCCCCUUCAUCCCUUGUACAUUGAUCUGGAAAUGUGCAGGUUAUUAAUCUAAGAAAAAGCUGUUAAGUUCUGUCUCCCAACUCUGGCAUUUUGGGUUCAUUACAUUGGAGAGGAAGGUUGGGAUGCGUAGAAACAAUAGGUUAUUUUUUAGAGAGAAUAAAGACUCUGAUAUUUAGAACUACAAAGUGCCAUUACUCUGCUAAAUAAUAAUGAAAACGAUUUUUUAAAUAUAAUUGACAACUUCCAGUUCUGCUGCUCUCUUGCUUCCCUGACUCAUAACUUUAAAAUUCCACUUUUUCAAAAGGACCUAGCCUACCUAAUAGCAAUGUUGUUUCGUACAAAGUUAUAGCAGAGUUAUAGCAGUUCUGUAAAGGGUUCUUACUGAAGCUAAACUAAUGUUGAACCAUUACAUACUAAGGGGUGGAUCUAGAGAAAGUUAUUUACACUUAGUUCCCAUUCAAAGCAGUGGGGCUUUGAUUUCCCUGAGACCUGAGUUCAACUAAAUUAGUUUGAAUCCAGUCCCGUAUAAUUGAAACUCAGGAAGGUUCACUUGUGAUUAAAUGCAACUAAUAAAUAUCCAAAGUAAUAACAAAACAGUGUGUAAGGUGUCGGCUAGACUUCUUUUGGCUCUGAAGUAGUCAUUAUAGGAGACAUCCAGAAGGUAUACUUCAGAAAGUGCUUAUGUUCCAUAGACUGGUGAAGGGGCUUGAUCACACCUCUUAAUUUUCUAGCAUACUGGUGGGAUCCACUCUCAAUUAUUGUUCUAUAGAAACACUUCCUUUUUUAAAAAAAACAGCAGAAACUAUAGCCAGGUCCCCAAAGGCUGCAUGACUAGUUCCUUAGGCUUUGGGUUUGGUAAACAACUCACCAUGCCGCCUGUCAAACCAUGUUUGAAAUGCAUGGGGCUUUUAAAAGAAAAUUGUGAAUCAUGGCCAUGGUGGGGAUAGCUCUGGUUGCAAUUAAACUGGAAAUUUAAAAAUAAAAAUCCCUGGGUAUAACCAAGCUCAUAGGCACAUCUGAAGUACCCUUUUAGGAUCCCACUCUAUGUAGUCUACACAAAUGAAGCCAAAAAGGGAAUCUUAGUCAAAAGAGAGGAAAUGUAUGUUAUUGUAAAGCAGGGCUGUGGGGGGCCUGAGCUUUUUCAGCUGCCUUUGACUAUUAUUCCCAUUGUCCCUGAUCAUUGGUUAUGUUGGCUCAGGCUGAUGGGAAUUGGAGUUCAAAAAGCAUCCUGUCCCCUUCCCUUGGCUGACGUGUGCUGAGGACCAAAUCGGUUGUUUGUACUUUUUCUUUCUGAAAGACACGGAAGUAAGAUGUUCAAAUGAGUUUUGAAAGAAUGUGCCAGCCUGUUCUGAUUUGUAAUGGUAUGUACACAAAGUGCAGAAAUGCGUAUUUUGCUUCUCAAUGGGUGGUAGUCCUGCAAUCAAGUUUGAAUGUGUUUAACAAUAAGUCUUUAUUGCUUAUUAAAAAGAAAACCAAAAGAAGUUGUGUAUCUUCAGCCCAUUAAAAUUUCAAAAAAUAAUAAAUUAUAUAUAAUGUUUGUGUGUGGGAUAGAGAUUGUCUCAGAUAAGGCUACUGAAACCCAAAUUGGUUCUUUUUUGUUGUGCAGUAGAAACAUCUUGUACUUGAUUCUUUUGUUUUUAGUGCCUUCUGGCAUAAAUCUAAUAUUUGCUUGCUGCUCUUCUUCUUAAAUUCCUUUUAUUGUCCUCUUUUGACGCAAUUCAGAUUCUAUCCCUGUUUUAAUAUGCACUUUCCCCAUAUUGGGGGUUCAAGUGGUAUGCUUUCCUUGUCCCCCAAGGACCUUUAUAGUAUGUUCUGUAACAGAUAAAUGCUGCUGAGUGUCUUUUCUUAACGGUGUGUGUUUGUGUGUCAUCUGCUGGUAUCAAGCAGUCAUUUUAACGGGUCCAUGUUGGUGCUGUUUGAGCGUCUGUUGGUGUAUCUGCUGCUCCAUGCUAUGGUGUUCCAAAGUUCUAUUGAAAACCUGCACUGUCUGGUGCUUAGGGGCUUUUAAGCACUGGCGCAAUAUAGAUGUAACAUCUCCCCCCUCCCCACUCUUUUUUUUUAAAAUCCACGUUUGAUACUUGGGAGUUAGCCCAAGUGUGUUCCUUUCCUCUUAGCACACUAACUUUUGCACGCUCUCCUCCUUUCUGCUAAAAUCCCACCCACUUUUGUUUAUUUCUGGAUUUGGUGGCACACUAGUUCUCAGGAGUGUUUUGAGUAUCUAUAAUGUAUUUUAGAAAUAUUAAUACAAUACCAAAAGUAUACAGAGAGUCAAACACUAGCUUUCAGUUGCUGGCUUAAAGCCUGACUUGGGGUGAGCAUUCAAUUUGACAUGGACACUAUGCUAACAAAAUGUUGAAAAGGAAGGGAGGACACAGGGAAGGAGCCAAGAGCAUGUGACCCCGAGGGAGCUCCCAAUAUUUUAAUCAUCUUAAGAGACUAGAGAAAUACUAGGUCUUCAUCGAGCCACUGUGCUUUCUCAAUAAAUUAAUUGAACUAAAAUGAUACAGCAUUGAAUUGAUGUGGAAAGGCCAGAGUUGUCAAAUGAACUCUGAUUUGUCAUUUGCCUUACGAGCGGUUUACAGCAUAUUUUAAGUCACUUCCUGAUAACUCGUGACAAAAACAGUAUUUCCAUUUAAAGCCCUUUCCCCAUAAUUACUGUUAUUGUCACAGCUUCUGCUUUUUAGAGUGUGGUUUUACACUUUCACAUCUUGUGUUUAAACUGAAGGUACCUUGUGGAGGAAUAUGAGCAGGACAUAUGUUAGUUGAAAAUGUGAUGUUCAUGUGAGAUUUUGCAGGAAAAAUCUGUGAGCAAGAGGGGUUAGGAUCAUAGUUCAAUGCAACAAUUUUCGCUUGCAAACCUCUAGGGUGGAAUAAUGUUACUUCUGAACUGUUAUGUACUGAGCAUAUUUCAUGAACAGUCACACAAUUAAAUAAUAUCCUGCUUUUAAUUUUGCCCAGGAUUUAUACAUGAGGAAAGGUGAACAUACAAUUGCAAACAGAUUUAUUUUAGUUAUGUUUGGAUAUUGGGUAAGGGAGCUAUCGCUUCAUGCUGCAGGCAACAAUGUGAGAUGUAGUGGAUAGAUAUCAAACAAUACUAAGCACUAUAUUGAGAAUGAAAGUGUAUUAUUGUACAUCUGAAGUGUGAACUUAAGGGCAGGACUUUGGUUCAGUUCUUAAAGGGAUUAUCAGCAUGAAACUAAAGUUCCAUAUGGAAGUGAUAAAUUCGUAUCACACUGGAUAUGUAUUAAUGUAGGUUUUGCAAAUUCAGUUAGUGUCUGAUACAUAUAGCAGAUGCUCUAAUUAUAAUGUUUCUCUUCCUAGAUUUAAGCUUGGCAAGUUCAUAUAUUUUGCCACUGAAGUAAGGAAAAUCACAAUGUUUUCAAACAAUUUUAUUUGCACUAUUUUGUGAACAGUAGAAUUGCAGGGGUGAAGGACUGAUCACCCCCUUAUUGGAUGAGUGUAUGCAAAUAGGUAUAUUUGUCAUGUGUUGACAAUCGAUUGCCUCAGUUGUUUGUAUGCAAUAUAUGAAUAUAACCGUAAUAUUUUCUUGUCUCCAAAAAAAGUUAAGCUUUGCCUUUUCAUUUUUAUCGGUGUUUCCCUGUAAGUUAAAAGAUUUUUAUGGUUGAUUAAAAUUAGGUUCGAAAAUACUCAUGUUAGGGUGGGGAAUGCUACUCCUCUGGCCAUGGUUUUAAGCUAAGAUGAUUUCCCCUUCUGAACUCACACACUGCAACAAUAAACAGUUCAGGAUAUUACACAGACUGUAAAACAUACUGAAAGAAUGGUCAAACCUUAAAAAAAUUUUUUUGGAUAAAAUUAUAAUUUCAGUUGUUUUGUUUCUUAACAUCUUACAGAUUUAGACAGGAAGAUGGAAAACGCUGUGAUUAUAAACUGUUUUUAGUACUCAAAAUGUAAGCUGGGAAAAUUCAAUCCAUGCCAAAUACUGUUGAGUUGAUGCAUUAUCAAGUAUUAAAUAUAUUAAAUAAACUAAUGCCCAUAGGCUCAAUUUAUUUUUGCAAACCUCUGCUUGGGUUGAUUCCCAGUUAAUCUGCUUCAUUCCAACAGUUUAAAUUUUUUUAUCUAGUUUGUUUUAUACAGAUAAAUAUUAAAACAGAUAGAUCUAGAAGAAAGUAAAGCAUUCUUGUAUCUUAUGGACAUCAAGGAAAGAUCAGUGUUUAGCACCAUGUUGAGUCAAUGGAACUAGAUCACUUACUGGUUUGAAAAUUGUCUAGAUUGUCCUACUGAGAUUAUUAAUAUGAAGCUUGUUACUUUUUUGUUGUUUGGGAUCACUCAAAACUGACACCACCUGAUGCCAUUCCGUAAGCCACAAUUGAAACUUUAGCUUUUAAAACUGUGUGCUGUUUUGAAGCAAACUAAUCUAAACUCUGCUUGGGCUCUCAACAUUAUUUUUACAGGUGUUGGAUUGCAGUCACUGAUUAUAAUUCUAUUUAGUAUUUUAACUUUAUGUGCAGCAAGUAAAUUGAGUAAUCAAUGCUCUACCCAAAAA